AAGGUGGUUGGGAUCGGGGCGGUGAAGUACGCGGACCUUUCCAUGAACCGUGAAUCGAACUACCGAUUCAGCUACGCCAAGAUGCUCUCGCUGCAGGGGAACACCGCUCCGUACAUGCUCUACGCCUUCGCCCGCGUGCAAGGCAUCAAGAAGAAGGCGACAGAGGGACUCGGAGACCUCUCCGGCACGGAGAUCAGCAUGGGUACACCGGAAGAGGCGGCGCUGGCCAGGAUGCUGCUCAGGCUGCCCGAGGUCUUGGAAGACUUGGAGGUUGAUCUCUUCCCCCACAGGCUGUGCGACUACAUGUUCGAGCUGAGCUCGCAGUUCAACCGCUUCUACGAAAACUGCCCGGUCAACACAGCGGAGACGGAGGAGCUCAAGCGGUCCCGCACCGCCCUCUGCUCAGGCACCGCGGACGUGAUAGAGCUGGGGCUAGGCUUGCUCGGGAUCGGCACCCUCGACCGCUUGUGACGGGGGGGGAGGUACUCAUAGCUGUGCACCUAUGCCGUAGGCGAUAGACCAUGACGGGGGGGGGGCGUCCUUGGGUGGGUCUUGAUUGAGCUUUUGGUUGGUUGCGUAGAAUCACCGCGACAACGGGCAAAUCGUGUAAGGCAAACAAUAGGAAGGCGUUAGACGUUAUUGCGUGGUACAACAGUACCGAUAGCGCUGCGCUCGGCACGCAGGCAUCUCUGACUGGAGCACGACGAUUGAUUGUUUUGUGGAUGGGAUGCUGUGCUUUCAGCCAGGCUUGUGGCAAAAGCUUACGUUUCCUCCGAUGAGGUCAUGGUACCGUAUACGACACAGGGUAACACACCCUGGACCGAUUUUCAAUGCUCGCGUUGUCAACAGCAGAAAGAAUCGCAGCGUCGAAAACGGCGGCGUUGAAGCCGUCUCGUCGAGAGUUUUCCGAAAACGCAUCGUUUCGUUUUCGUAUCCUUUUCGUCGUGGAGCAAUCGAGGUUUGAAAAUCGGUCCAGGGGGUGUGUUACCUCGUGUCGUGUACGGUAUGCGCCCAGUUGUUGUCUUCACAUUAAAAACCAUCCCGGUCUCUCUAUCCAUUACCUCCUUCUGUCUCAAUCUCUCCGUACAAAUCCAGCACUUGACUCGGUCAAUUUCCGUGGUCACAGGCUAACGUACCUAGAAAAGGUAUACCAAAAUAAAAUGGACCCCAAGGGUUAGCAGAGCGAUAAAAUACAAGAAAACAAAAGAAUCAGAAACAAAUAAAUAAAUAAAUAGUGGAACGUGCGCACCACCAGGCUGGGGGGUAGGCUUCCGGAAGGACCCCAAGGGUCAACAGUACGUGCAAGUAAAAAAACAGAACAAAAACGAAAUAAACCAAAGACAGACGAGGACAUAAAACAAACUCGCACAGAGACAGGGAUAUCCG